AGCAGCUCAGGUGUACAAAGCGAUACAACACGUUCAAAAGUGCUUCAAAAACAUAAUGAUGUUGCUGAUAGAAUAUAAUUUUUUUUAUUAGGAUAAUGACCGAAUGUAAUCUGUAAAUGCACAUGUAAUGAUAGUUCGUGUUUUAAACCUGUGAGUAAAGAGCAUUGACGCAUGAGAUACAGAGUGAUGGAUUUCGAUUCUUUUCUUCUUCUUCAGUAAAAGAGGUAAUUGCAUCAUCAUAAUCACUGGAGGGGUUUCCGUACAGCAUUGAUUUGUUUUCCCCCAAGAGGAGUGAAGACAUGUGUGAUCCAGAACCAUGCAGAAUAAAAAGUGAAGAUACUGAGGAACUAAUAGUUUAAUGCCAGGGUAUGGUUGUUCGUCGUAGUUCACGAUGCACCACUGUCCACUGUGGUGAGACUCGAUGACAUCUGGACGAAGUGGAGCUGAGGUAUCCGGGUUGAUGACACCUGGUUGAUAUGGAGAUCUGAUGGACGUGAAAGAGGAAAGUCAAGAGCUGAAUGAAGUGGAGGAGAAACAUCAGAAUCAGGAACCUCAUUAUUCCACAACUGGUGAAGAAUCUUCUAUUUGCUUACAGACUGAGAAUCAUUUUUCACUAAAAAGAAUAGAAGCCAAGAAAUCUUUCACCUGCUAUCAUUGUGGGAAGAAUUUCUCUUACAAAUGUCAUCUUGAGGAUCAUGAAAGGAUUCACUCUGGAGAGAGGCCUUUCACAUGCACUCAGUGUGGGAUGAGUUUCAAACAGAUAGGACAUCUUAAAAGUCAUUUAAAAAUUCACUCUGGGGAGAAGCCUUUUACAUGCCCUCAGUGUGGAAAGAGUUUCACACAAAAGGUAAGCCUUAAGUAUCACAUGAACAUUCACACUGGAGAGAAGCCUUUUACAUGCACUCAAUGUGGAAAGAGUUACAUACAAAAAGGAAACCUUAAGUAUCAUAUGAAAAUCCAUUCUGGAGAGAAGCCUUUCACAUGCCCUCAGUGUGGAAAGAGUUUCACAUGUAAAGGAAACCUGAAGAAUCACAUGAAAAUUCACACUGUAGAGAAGCCUUUUACAUGUCCUCAAUGUGGAAAAAGUUUCAUACGUAAAGGAUUAUUUAAGGAGCAUAUGAAAAUUCACUCUGGAGAGAGCAGUUAUACAUGUCAUCAUUGUGGGAAGAGUUUCCCUUAUAAAGGACACCUUGAGGAGCACAUAAGAAUUCACACUGGAGAAAAGCCUUUCACAUGCUCUCAGUGUGGAAAGGGUUUUGCACAACAAGGACAUCUUACGUUUCACAUAAGAAUUCACACUGGAGAGAAACCUUUUACAUGCCAUCAGUGUGAAAAGAGUUUCACACGGGCACAAAGUCUGAAAUUUCAUCUGCAGUUUCACUCUGGAGAAAAGCCAUUUAACUGCGAUCAGUGUGGACUGAAAUUCGUUACAUCAUCAAACUUUAGAAGACACCUAAAAACGCACUCAAAUGAGAGGCCCUAUGCGUGUUCAAUUUGUGGGAAAAGUUUUUUGUUUGCAAAGUAUUUAAAUGACCACCAGAUUAUACAUACAGGUGUUAGAGCUCAUGUGUGCUCGGAGUGUGGAAAAGCCUUUACUAGACUUAAAGACUUGAAGCGGCACAGAAGAAUCCAUUCUGGAGAAAAAGUGUUCACAAUGUGAAAUGUUGUGUCCGUAAACCUGAAAAAAACAUGAGAGAAACCAUACCACUGUACAUCAUGUGGGUAGAGUUUCAGACAUUCAUGAACUUUAAUGGUUCAUAUCAAAAAUCACUGUCCAAAGUCAUUACAAUAAGCAAAGUUAAUCUUUUGAGGCCUGUACCCAGAGAAGUUUAUCAGGUACAUGCCUAACCUAGUGCAUGGUAGGUUUUGUUCUUGAUCACAGAUCACAAACGGGUAUUUGGAUCAAUCAGCUGUGAGCACUGCAUCAGAGAAAUGUCACUUUGAAGUCAACUUUCAUAUUGUACCAUUCACUCUAAAUUGUAAGACCAAUUUGCAAUUAUGUUUUAGCCGGACGUUCCUGGAUAAUUAUACUUUAGACAGAGAGAGAUUUGCACAGAAGAUUCAUAACUGUGUUGGCAUUUUGAGAUGUACAUUAAAAAUGUAUUAUUGCUCUGCGUUUAUUUGCAAAUGGUUGAAUAUUGUGUCUAGUGGGUUAUGGUGAGAAAGUCUACAAAUAUUCAGUUUACACUGCUAUUCUCACACUUUUCCUUGAUAUUGUGUGUGUUUUAACCCAUUCUGGCAGUAAAACAGGGAUUUGAUGGAUAAUGCACUGUCUAUCAAUAAACAUAGAAAUGAAAAAUAUUAUAAGCUUAAUGUUUGCUGUCCUGUUUUGAGAGUACUGUAUGGAACUUUAUGGCCGAUACUGGCUUUGAUAUAGGCAACAAGACAUUAGCAGCACAUCCUUCAAGUCCUGUAAGUUGCGAGGUGGAGCCGCCAUGGUUCGGACUUCUUGGUACAGCACAUCUCACAGAUGCUCAAUCGGAUUGAGAUCUGGGGAAUUUGGAGGACAGGGCAACACCUUGAACUCUUCAUUAUGUUACUCAAAGCAUUCUUUGAACAAUGUGUUCAGUGUGGCGGGGCGCAUUAUCCUACUGAAAGAGGCCACUGUAAUCAGGGUAUACCAUUGCCAUGAAGGGGUGAACCUGGUCUGCAAUGACGUUUAGGCAGGUGGCACGUGUCAAAUUGAUGUCCAUAUGAAUGGCCGGACCCAGGGUUUCCCAGCAGAACAUUGCCCAGGGCAUCACUCUCCCUCCACUGACUGCAUCACAGUGCAUCCAGGUGCUAUCACUUCCAAAGGUAAAUGGCACACAUGUACAUGGCCGUCGUGAAAAAUAGGCCUCAGAUGGAACAAUGUGACCUUGAUGCUUGCUUAUCUGCUUUUUCGGCACUGUCUUGAGCAAAAAGUUUACUUAAGCAAGAGGAAACAACCCCAUAUAUGGAGGAUUGAGAAAAUCCGAGGAGAGGGGGGGGGGUGGUUUAACCAGCCUUGUGUGACGCUAUAAACCCCUUGCUUGCUUUUAAUAAA